AUGGCGCUCUCCAAACCCGCUCUCUUCACCCGCUUCAAAACCCUAUCCAUCCCCUUCCGCCACCACCCACGUCCCCUUCCGCCGCCGUCCAGCGUGACUAUCCGCUUCCUCUCCUUCUCCAGCCCGGAAGAAGCCGAGGCAGAGCGCCGCCGCCGCAAGCGCCGCCUCCGCAUCGAACCCCCGCUCUCCUCCGCCCACCGCGCCCAGCAGCAGCAAUCCCAGCAACCCAAGAAACCCAGUCAGGGUGCUAACGAGUUCAAGCUGCCGGAACCAGUCUCCGCCCUCUCCGGCAACCGGCUGAAUCUCCACAACCGCAUCCUCACCCUAAUCAGGGAGAAUGACCUCGCCGAGGCGGCGCUUUACACCCGCCAUUCCGUCUACUCCAACUGCCGCCCCACAAUCUACACCGUCAAUGCCGUGCUCAACGCUCAGCUCCGCCAGGGCAAAUUUGCGGACUUGCUCUCCCUUCACCGUUUCAUCAUUCAAGCAAAUAUCGCUCCCAAUGUGAUCACCCACAAUCUGGUCUUUCAGACUUAUUUGACCUGCAGGAAACCGGAUACGGCGAUGGAGAUUUACAAGCAGCUGAUCAAUGACGCUCCCGUGGCUCCUUCUCCCACGACUUACAGGAUUUUAAUCGAAGGGUUAGUGAACAACGGUAUGGUGGAGAAGGCUCUGGAGUUGAAGGAAGAGAUGGUGGUGAACGAAGCUUUUUCUCCUGACCCUCUCAUUUAUCAUUACUUGAUGGUGGGCUGUGUGAAGAACAAUGAUGCUGAUGGAGUCUUUAAGCUGUACGAGGAGUUGAAGCAGAAGCUUGAUGGUGGAGUUGUGACUGAUGGUGUGGUUUAUGGAGCGCUGAUGAAAGGUUACUUCAUGAGAGGAAUGGAGAAGGAGGCCAUGGAUUGUUACGAGGAAGCCGUUGGUGAGAAUUCGAAGGUCAAGAUGAGUGCUAUUGCCUACAACUCUGUGCUCGAUGCUUUGUGCAAGAAUGGUAAGUUUGAUGAGGCUUUGAACUUGUUCGACCGAAUGCUUGGAGAGCACAAACCUCCAACUCGUUUGGCUGUUAAUCUUGGAAGCUUUAACGUCAUGGCUGAUGGGUAUUGCUUGCAAGGGAGGUUUAAGGAUGCCAUUGAGGUUUUCAGGAAGAUGGGUGAUUACAGGUGCAGCCCCGAUAACGCAUCCUUCAAUAACUUGAUGGAUCAAUUGUGCAAAAAUGGGUUGUUAGCUGACGCUGAAGAGGUUUAUGGUGACAUGGAUGGAAAGGGGGUGAAACCGGAUGAGUACACCUUUGGCUUAUUGAUGGAUGCUUGCUUUCACGAGGGUAGAAUUGAUGAUGGUGCUGCAUAUUUUAGGAAGAUGGUCGAUUCAGGGCUGAGACCGGACUUGCCUGUUUAUGAUAGAUUGGUUGAUCAGUUGGUUAAAGCUAGGAAGAUUGACGAGGCAAAAUCGUUUUACGAGCUGAUGGUGAAGAAACUGAGGAUGAACAAUGAGAGCUAUAAGUUCAUAAUGAAAGCUCUAAGUGAUCAUGGGAGGUUGGACGAAGUGCUUCAAUUAGUCGAUGCAAUGCUGGAUGAUGAGUCUAUCGACGUGAAUGAGGAGCUUCAGGAGAUAGUGAAAGGCGAGUUGAACAAGGAAGGGAGAGGAGAUGAACUGGACAAGCUUAUGGAAGAAAAAGCCAGGCUAAAGGCGGAAGCUAAGGCGAAAGAGAUUGAAGAAGCUGAGGCUACCAAGAGAAGGGCGAAAAUUUCCAUCGCCAAUCUGUUCCCACCUAAGAACAAGGAAGUGGAGACAGGAUCUGCAGAGGAAAAUGAUGCUAAUGCUAAUGAGGCAGCUCCUGCCGCUGCAGAAUCUGCAGCGGGUGAAGACCAACCCAUAGAGAAAGCUACUGUAUCUGGUGAUUCAGAAGACUCGAAAGAUGAGGUAAGAGCUUGA